UAAUGAAGAUGCUUUCUUCAGCGCUUAUAAAUUGGAUUUUGAAGACCAAGAUAGCCUAAGACAUGCAAAAGUGGGAAGGCUAUCGCGGGAAAGCUCCAUUGGUAGUGUUAUAGGGAAAAAAGCAUUUGAUCAUGCAUCCAACAAUAUUCCUAUUCCAUCAUCUGCUUUAUGGUUAACAUUUGAAUGCCUGAGGGCUAUCGAAAAUUGGUUGGUAAUGGAUAACGCGGUUGGCCCUUUCAGUAUCUUGUCUUCAAAAUCAAAAAAUGUCUCUGGGAAUAAUUUUUUGGCUUUGAAAAGAAAGCAGUCUAAAUUUAGAAGAGGCAGACCCAUUUUUAAAUCGUUCACUUCAUCUAAUAGUAAGCUUAAAAUUUCAAGUGAAGUUUUUAGUAAACGAUAUUCUUCACCAUCCCGUGGUGGUUUUAACAUUGGUAUAGGAUUGGAGUGCGGCCGACCAAUUGGACAAGAAGCUGAACCUAGAGGUUCUGAUGACAGUAUGUUGGAUGGAGAAAGUUCCACUGAGCUUGAAGGCUUCCAAGUUCUGAGUUUUUCAGAUUGGCCUGAUGUUAUGUAUGACAUUAGUUCACAGGGCAUCUCAGUCCAUGUUCCGUUGCACCGGUUACUUUCGAUGGUUCUGCAGAGAGCAUUCAAACAAUGUUAUGGUGAAUCAGCGUCUUUGGAUAUGAUGAACGCCAGGUCCACUGAUAGGUCAUCUUCUAUAUAUAAUGACUUCCUUGGACACAUUUUAGGAGGUUGCCAUCCUUGUGGAUUUUCUGCCUAUGUAAUGGAGCAUCCCCUUCGAAUAAGGGUGUUUUGUGCCGAGGUUCAUGCUGGAAUGUGGCGUAGGAAUGGGGAUGUUCCCAUGAUAUCUAGUGAGUGGUAUCGUACAGUUCGCGGGUCUGAAAAGGGUCAAUAGCUUGAUCUUUUCUUGCUGCAGUGUUGUGCUGCAUUAGCUCCAGCCGAUCUUUAUGUCAAGAGAAUUUUAGAACGUUUUGGACUAUCAAACUAUCUGUCAUUGAAUCUUAAUCCGUCCAGUGAGUAUGUAAUUUUCUUUUUGC